AUGCUUGUCCCCCUCCUCCUCCUGGGGACCCUCCUCCAGGGUGUGGGGGCCCAGAACGAGACGGAGCCCAUCGUGCUGGAGGGCAAGUGCCUGGUGGUGUGCGAUUCCACGCCGGCUUCCGAGCCCUCUGGGAACCCGCUGGGCAUGUCGGUGCGCUCGGGCACGGGCCGCGUGGCCUUCUCGGCCAUACGCAACACCAACCACGAGCCCUCGGAGAUGAGCAACCGCACCAUGACCAUUUACUUCGACCAGGUGUUGGUGAAUGUUGGGGCUCAUUUUGACCCGGCACGAAGCAUAUUCCUCGCGCCCCGAAAAGGAGUGUACAGCUUCAGCUUCCACGUGGUCAAAGUCUACAACAGGCAAACCAUACAGGUCAGCCUGGUGUUGAACGGCUGGCCCGUGAUCUCUGCCUUUGCGGGAGACCAGGACGUGACGAGAGAGGCGGCCACCAACGCGGGGCUGGUGACGAUGGAGAGGGGGGACAAGGCGUACCUCAAGCUGGAGAGGGGCAACCUGAUGGGGGGGUGGAAGUACUCCACCUUCUCCGGGUUCCUGGUCUUCCCACUGUGA